AAAAUAAGAAUAAGUAAUAAGUAACUAGAUAUGUAAUAUCUGUCGAGUAAUAUCUGUAAUAAAAUCUGAUCUGAAUGUCCCUCCCUUCUGUGUGACAUUCUUCUAUUCGAGAACUCACUGUACUUCAUGUCCAGGUAUUUCAUUUUCUAUGUUCAUCUUCAGUCAAAACGACUGAACCUCAUAACACAUUCUUAAACAAAUGUGAUGUCUUCUUUCGAUUAACUAGAUAUGUAAUACAAUUAUUAGAUGUUUUUUUUUGUCAUCAUAAAUUAAUUCUUAGAUCUAUGGUGAAAAAUCUCAAUCUAAACGACUCUACAUAUCUUUUAUUUUCCUUGCGUUUUGGAAUAUAUGUUUGGAAUAUUACUCUGGAAUUUCAUGUUUGAGAUAAGUAUUUGCGUGGCAUUUUUUUUCUUUCAUUUUUGCGAUCCUACAUGCUUUGUAUUUAGAAUAGACUGAUAGCCUGUCUCUGAGUUUGUGUGUAUAUAUCUGUGUAUUUCUAGUUCUUAAGAUUUGGAGUCGGAUCUACUUUAAAUACCUGUAUUUAAAGUUUAACUAUAACAUUAGAGAUCUGCAUUUUGUUAUCUUUUUGGUAUUGAUUAGGCUAAAGAAAAUUUCAAGCAGAGAUGUUGGAUUGCUGGUGUUGAAAAGUGAACAUCUCGAAGUUCAAUAUAGAUCACAAGCAAGAUCUAUUUUCACCCCUCCAUUAUUUGGCUGGAAUUUGUAAAGAACUUAAUUUUGUUUUCAGGCACAGAGUCAUAACACAAUAAGUGAUGUAGUUAGAAUUUUGCAUCAAGUGUUUUUCAGGUCAGCAAAUAAUUUUAUGAGCAAAGUGGACAACUCCCAUGCCCUAUACUACGUUAAAGCACGUUAUAAAGAUUUGAGAGACUUUAUCAAUCUUAUAUUGAAAGAAGGAAUCAGCAGCACCUGAUAUGGCUGAUGGUGAACAACUCAAGAAGUAUGGGGUCCCAAUUUAUGGGGCUGCAUGGGUCCCAUCCGGCGCCAUCACAUAUGCUCCUGAGCCGAAGCCGGAGGAAGAUAGAGAUAGUAUGGUCCCCGCUGACAAGUUGCCUUCGCUUGCUGCUGACAACUAUAUUGUCCUUGCUGGAGGGGGUGGUGAAGGGCGUAGCGGCAUCCCAAAUGCUAUCCUCCUUGUUCAAUCUAACCCCGACUCCCAUAUCCUAUCCAACCAACCAGUGGCAAGGCUUGGAACUGGUACUGAUGUGCCUUACAGGAUGGCGGUCCACCCUGGAGGAGAAGGUCUUAUUUGUUCUUUACCUAAAAGUUGCAGGUGGUUUGAGUGGGAUGCGAGCAAUAUCAUAGAUGAGGGUGCUUUGGCUCUUAAGUCAUCUGACAGAGUUCUCAAGCAUUUGGAAGACAUUGAGAUGCAAUUAGCACUUACAUUUAACAAUGAGGGUUCCCUACUUGCUGUUGGUGGCGAGAACAGGAUGGCAAGCUUAGAGUUUUCAAAUGGCCAAGUAUGGAGAUUAUUAUUGAUGAGCCCAAGGAUCGUUCUUCUGUAAAAGAUUUAGAUUUCAGCCCUGAUGGAAAAUUUCUUGUAUCUCUGGGAAGUGGCUGUUGUAGGGUCUGGGAUGUCUCAACAUUAACAUUGGUGGCCUCUUUACAGAAGAAAAAUGAUGAGAUGUUUGGAUUUUGUAGGUUCUCACGAAGUAGUAAGAACCAGACCAUCUACAUCACUGCUUCACAUGGAAAAGGAGGAAGUAUUGUGGUGUGGAACACUACUACAUGGAAGAGGAUGAACUCAAAGCUUGUUGUCUCUCUUCCGAUUUCAGCAUUUGAUGUUUCAGCUGAUGGGAAGCUCCUAGCAAUUGGGACCACUCAGGGUGAGGUCCGGGUCUUGAGUUCUGAAAAUAUGCGAGUGCUGAUGACGGUAAAGAAAGCACAUAUGGGUAUACCAACCAAAGUAACAUUCUCCAAGGAUUCAAGGGCUUUGCUCUCUGCCUCAAUGGAUUCAAGUGCAAGGGUGACACUUAUCAGGAACAAUGACCAUGAAAAUAGUGGGUUCAGUUUCUGGAUGGUAGUUUUUGUCAUUUUAUUGGCAAUAGCUGUGUACUAUGCAAAACAGGAAGGGAAGCUUUCAUGGCAGCACAAUUUCCCAUUCAAGUUCUAGAGUAAAGUUUUACUGCUGGCAUUACAUUUUGAUAAUUUUCCGCCAUCGCCCUUUGUUAUUGACAACAGUUGAGGUUCUUCUCCCAUUCCCAGGACAGUUGAUUUAUGUGGAACUGAAACCACACAUUGUACUCUGUUCCUGUAUGGAAACUCGAGGUGAUGAAUGGGGGUUGCCUCUCUUAGAAAUAGAUAAAUAAACAAAUUACACACUUAAAAGUGUAAUGUACUCUGGGGACCAUAUUAUGAUGGGCAUACAUUGUAAGUAACAGUUAUUAACCUUACAAAAAGGUUAAAGGUUAUGUUAUUAGAUGCCAAGGGAUUUGACAGCUUUAUAUGGUUGUUGAAUAGAGCACUGUCAAUGUAUUAAAAGCAUACAGUUACACAAUACUCGGUACUUUUAUAGAAUUGCAUUUGGCGUAAUAUUUGUAAACUAAAAUCUCUAUUUACAGUCAAACCAAACGUGGAAUAGCGUCGCAUAAUAAUUUCCCAAUGAUCUGUUAAGUGGAAAUGAUGUAUAGAAACUAUUUCCUCAUUCUCAG